AUGGAUGGCUUGGGGGACGGCGAUAUGGGCUUCGACCCGCCUAAUAUGAUGAGCCAGACACCACAGCUCUUCGGUUACGAUAAUUCUCAGAUGCAUGCAGGUCCUAUGUACGAUGAUUCGUCUUUGGGCGCAGGAGACGAGACAAACGAUGCGAAGAGACGGAGGAUCGCAAGAUUAUCCAGCAUACGUCUAAUGAGCGAACAGGCGUGCGAUAUGUGUCGGAAGAAGAAGAUUAAAUGCGAUGGAAAAAUGCCAAAAUGCUCACACUGCAUUAACUACAAAACGGAAUGCAUCUUCACACAAGUGGAGAAGAAGCGGAACCCUCCUAAAGGAGCGAAAUACAUCGAAGGCCUCGAAAACCGACUGGGACGGAUGGAGUCGUUGCUGCGUUUGUCGGGUCUUUUGUCAGAAGAAGAUGGCGGCAAGACAGAUCUUGGAACAUUGGAGAAGCGGCUAGCGGAUCGAACGAAUGCGCUGAACGCAGCGAAAAGCUCCAACAAGUUCAUGGCUCAAGCAGCCACAGCCCAACAAGCCCCGAGCUCCCACCAAACCACACCUCGUAUGGACUCCAUCUCCAGCCCUCAGACAGCCGCUACAUCACCGGAGUCGCAAAAGUCGGAGACUGAGGUCGAGGCGCUGUCGGACAUGAUGUGCUCUUUGGUGACCAACAACUGCGGGGAGACUCGGUAUAUUGGAUCCUCAUCUGGAUUUUCCAUAUUCUCCCCCAAGGGCAUUCAAUGGGUCAAUGAAAAAACAGGCGAUACAUCCUUCCAGGACAUGAUCUCGUCAGCAUAUGUCGAUGACAAUAAAUGGAUGUAUUGGAAACCCGAGAUCUUCAGCGAUAUUUUCGCAAGGCGCGUUUUCAAGCCUCUCCCGCCCAAGGAAGAAGCUCUUUCUCUAUUCAAGGACUUUUUCGAAAACUUCAAUUGUGUGUUCCCGCUGUUCCACGAAGCGACAUUCAUGCACUUGGUGGAGCGGCAAUACUCGCGUGAUCCCUACGAGGGCUCAGGCUGGUGGGCAAGUAUAAAUGUUGUCUUGGCGAUCUCUCACAGGCUGCGGGUUAUGAGCAACCUGGUGCCACACGAAGAAGAUAAAAAAGCUUGGCUGUAUUUGAAGAACGCCAUGGGAGUUCUGACCGAGCUCACAAUGCGUAACACUGAUCUACUGAGUGUGCAAGCGCUAUUGGGAAUGUCACUAUUUCUUCAAGGAACCCCCAACCCACAACCUGCUUUCUUCCUAGUCGCCGCGGCCAUUCGACUUUCCCACAGCAUUGGUCUACACAAACGCGGUUCUGGCUUUGGCCUCAACGUGGUUGAAGUUGAGCAGCGGAAGAGAGUAUUCUGGAUAGCCUAUCUUCUCGACAAAGACAUCUGUCUACGCUCUGGUCGACCACCUGUACAAGAUGACGAUGAUAUGAACGUCGAGCUACCAAGCGAAGAUCCACCAGACAAUGUUGGAAAUGUGCCAUUAUCUGAUGGUAGGAGCAAGUUCAACCUAUUCCGCUCAUUGUGUGAAUUUGCAACUAUUGAAAGCAGAGUAUACAAGCGACUUUAUUCUGCCAAAGCAUCGAAGCAAUCAGACGGUGAACUGCUCAAUACAAUCGGUGAGCUUGACAAGGAGUUGGAAGACUGGAAAGACAGCAUUCCUAUCGAAUUCCGCCCUGAACAUGAAAUCCAAGCUACCCACACUCCCCUCAUUAUCCACAUGGUUGUUCUACAUUUUGCGUACUACAAUUGCUUGACAACCAUACAUCGGAUGUCAGUUCAUCACGGGUAUUGGACAAGCCGCCUGUCCAAUUAUGCCAUACAGGGGCUGAAUGCACGACCCUUGAACCCAAGGGUAUUCUUGUCGGCGGUUUUGUGCGUCACUGCUGCCAGAGCAUCGAUUAAUUUGAUCAAGUAUAUUCCGCAAGGAGACUUUGCUUGUGUUUGGCUAAUUCUCUACUACCCGGUGUCUGCCCUCGUAACACUUUUCGCCAACAUCCUUCAGAACCCCAACGAUGUUCGUGCUCGGUCCGAUGUUAAAUUAAUGGGCGUGGUAGUCACUUUCCUGUCUACCCUAGUCUCCGACGAAUCCAAUGGCAGCAUCAAGCGUAUGUUAGGUCUUUGCGGUGAAUUUGAAAGAAUUGCCAAGGUGGUUUUGGAUAAAACCGAAAAAGAGUCUCAGUCGCGGAAGAAACGCAAGAAUGCCGAAGCAGAAGACUCUGCAGAUGCAACUGAAGGACAUCCGGCAACUGCGCCCUCCGCCAAACGUACACAAGCACCACCCACCUCCACACCUUUCUCUCCCUCCAUGUUUACCAAUCCUACGGCUACAGCCCCCUCCAGCACAGAAGGGCCAUUCCCAGGGUCCAUAAUACCACCGACAAGUGGCAUCCCUGCUGACCUUCCAAGUAAUAUCCAUGCCAUGCCUGGCAUUGGGCAGGAGUUCUCAGACAUGCUGAGUCCUGAUCAAAUAGGUACUGUUGGAUUCUCCGACCAACACUCAUUCAGUGCCAGCCCCGGCAUGGCACCAUUCCAGCAGCCAUUUGUCCCACAAGAUCUCUGGCAGAUGCCAAUGACAAUUGAGUGGGAUUGGGCGGAUAUGUCCACCAAUUUCCCUCCAUUUGACGGAGCUGGUCCGGGCGGGCCGCUGUCCGGGCAGUGA